AACUGUUUCCACGAUUAAGCAGCCCUAACAUUUUCAGUCUGCCUAACUUCUCUACCCAAUUGCUCUCUUGAUCGAUUAGAACCCAUUCAAUCUCCCAUCUUUUCAAUAAUCUCUGUUGGAUCUUAAGAUUCAUCGAGCUUCAACCACUCGCUAAAAAUAAUACUGAUAAAUUAUAGUAAGAAUGGAUAUGGACGAAGAGGAUUUCGUGUUCUUUGGUACCCCGAUAGAGCGCGAGGAAGAGCUCACUAGCCGCAAGAAGAAAGCCAUCGCGGAGGCCUCUGGUCACCUCCGAACCCUCCCUUCUUGGAAGCAAGAGGUUAGAGAUGAAGAAGGACGGAGAAGAUUCCAUGGAGCAUUUACUGGAGGAUUCUCUGCUGGUUAUUACAAUACAGUGGGAUCAAAGGAGGGUUGGGCUCCUCAGUCUUUUACAUCAUCCCGGAAAAACAGAGCUGAAGUUAAACAGCAAAGCAUUCUUAACUUCUUAGAUGAAGAUGAGAAAGCUGAAUUGGAAGGUCGAUCUUUGGGGACAUCAUCACAAUUUGACACGUUUGGAUUUACAGCUGCUGAAUUUGCUCGUAAACAAGCUGAGAAGGAACAACAGCAGAGGCCAUCGGCUAUACCUGGACCUGUUCCUGAUGAAAUAGUUCUUCCAGCCACAGAGUCUAUUGGAGUAAAAUUGCUGCUAAAGAUGGGAUGGAGACAUGGUCAUUCAAUUAAGGAUUCACAUGCAAAUUCGCUAUAUGAUGCUCGUAGAGAAGCUAGAAAAGCUUUCCUGGCAUUUUCUUCUGAUGAUGCAAAAGCACAUCAUACUGAGACUGAGCCUGAUGAGGAUUACCUGGGAAACUUAGAGCAGUCUGUUAAUGAUGCUGUUCAGACUUCUCAAAGCACACCAGUUUUUGUGCUCAACCCAAAGCAAGAUAUGUAUGGUUUAGGUUAUGAUCCUUAUAAGCAUGCUCCUGAGUUCAGAGAGAAGAAAAGGUCACGUGCAUCUGAUCGCAGAGAGCCUGGGAAUAGAAAAGCUUUGUUAACAAGGGAUGGUCUCUUUGGUUUCAAGUCAGGAAAGGCUGCUCCUGGGUUUGGCAUUGGAGCACUUGAAGAAUAUGAUGCUGAAGAUGAAGAUGUCUAUGCAGUUGCUUAUGACUUUGAAGAAACUAUUGUUCAAGACCAAGAAGUUGAAGAGCCACCAAGACCCAGCACAGACCAUAAGCCGAAAUUGGCCUGGAAGGAGCAAGGCAUUCUUCCUGGCUUUAAAGUUGCAUCAAAAUCUGAUUACCAGUUGGAAAGAUUUGAUCCUCCAGUAAUUCCAAAGGAUUUCGUGCCCCACCACAAAUUUCCUGGUCCCCUGGAUGCUGAUGACAAGUACAGCAUUCCUCCUCCACCAGAGGUUCCACCUCCUGAUGACAAUAAUAUGAAACUCUUAAUUGAGGGGGUUGCAACUUUAGUUGCUCGAUGUGGUAAAUUAUUUGAGGAUCUUUCCCGAGAGAAAAAUAAAUCAAAUCCAUUAUUUAGUUUUCUUAAUGGAGGAAAUGGUCACGACUAUUAUGCUAGGAAGUUGUGGGAGGAAAGACAGAAACGUAAUAAUCAGAAGAGUCUAGCUUUGGAUGGGAGAUCAUCUCCAAGUGUUCAGAAAAUGACUGCAGAAAGCCGUGGCAAAAUAUUAGGGGAAAGGCCUCUAGAAAGAAGCUUGAAAGAUUUAAGCUCGUCUGUUGUUUCUGCAGAUGUUAAUCUUCAAUUCAGUCUUUCAGAUACAUUUACAAAACCAGCAUCUUUUGGUGGGGUGCCUGAAGUGGCAAAACCUUUCAAAGAUGAUCCUGCAAAGCAAGAAAGAUUUGAGAGGUUUCUGAAGGAAAAGUAUCAAGGAGGCCUUCGUUCUAUCGAUUCUAUUGGAGCUAGCAAUAUGUCAGAAUCAGCUCGUGCACGAGAGAGAUUAGACUUUGAGGCUGCAGCUGAAGCAAUAGAGAAAGGAAAGUGGAAUGAGGAAAGCAAACUCUCUACCCAACAGUUGGAAUUCUCUGCCGGUGGAGGGAUGCUGUUUACAUCUGCUGGAUUGGAGCAACAUAAAGAUGCCCAUGCUGAAGAUUUAGUGACAAGAAAAGCUUAUCCCAAAAGGGAAGAAUUUCAAUGGCGCCCUCUUCCUGUUCUAUGCAAGCGCUUUGAUCUUAUUGAUCCUUAUAUGGGGAAGCCACCACCACCUCCACGGAUGAGAAGCAAGAUGGAUUCUUUAAUAUUCACAUCAGAUUCUGUCAAAACCUCAAAAUUUGAAGAAAUUGUUACUGCAAAUAGAGAUCAAGUUUCAGUUCUUCAAACUGACACUCAAGAAAUCAGCAAAGAUGUAGCUCAUGGGAAAAAGGAAAUUGAGGUGCAAGUGGAAAAUGUGGAGAGGCCAGUUGACCUUUACAAGGCUAUUUUCUCUGAUGAUUCUGAUGAUGAGGUUGAAACUCCUAUUGUCAAUAAAGUGGAUGACCCAGAGAAAAAAGUUGAAGUAGCUCAUACAACACUAAAUCGCUUGAUAGCAGGUGACUUUUUAGAAUCUUUAGGCAAAGAACUGGGGUUAGAGGUUCCCCCUGAUCGUUCCUACUCAACGAAUAUAAGCGGAAGUUCUCCUAAGAAAGAAUCUGCUGUUGCCAGUGCUGCUGGGAAUAUGAAUUUCAUGCCAGUUGAAAAUAGGUCAGCUUCCACCUCCAAUACUGGUUGUCUAGCCUCCAGGAAUGAGAAGGUUCUUCAUAACCAGGAGAUUACUAAAGUGACUGAAUCCCAAAAGAAUGAUUCCAUUCAAGGUAGCCCACAAGGUGGUAGCAGCAGGCAUGUUGAACAUGGUCCAUCUGAUAAGAGGUCUGGCGAAACCGAUGUCGAAAAGAGCGAAAAGAGGGCUCAAGAUGAUAGGAAAGCUAAAUCCCCAUCUAUUCGCCACCGAAAAUCGAGCAUCAGUUCAUCAGAUGAUGAAAGGACCAGGAAACGCUCGAGGUCACAUCGGUAUAGUAGCAGUGACUCAUACAGUGAUUCAUCAGAAGAUGAUCAAAGUCAUUACCAUUCUCGGACAAAAGGAAGAAAGAAAGGUUCAUCGCGAGAAAAGAGCAGCAGCAGUAGAAGAAGAAAGCAUUCAAAACAACGUCAGCACAGAAACUGGUACUGAAAAAGAGCAUGCAGAAUCAAACAUAGAGAAGUGGAAAUGCAGGGACUGAAUUUCCUUACAUUAUAUUACAUGUGGAAGGGCAUCUCUUUGUGGAAGAAAUCACCAAGUAAGAAGGUAAUUGUGCAGUGUUUUGGUUCAUGCCUUGGCCUGCUACUGCUUAAAUUCAUUGAAUUGACCAAGGACCUUGAGCUACUUCUGAGGCUUCAGAUAAUACAUUUGCUGCAACUAAAAUGCACAACCAUUAUUUGGUUGCAACAUUACAGCAAAAGCUUAGACGAUUGUUUCAGUGAAGAGGGGAAAAGGGAAUAGGAAGGAUAUCAUAGCAGGCAGGAAACUAUAAGCAAUUUUUUGUUUUUUUUUCCAGUGAGUUCUUAUCAGUUUUCUGUUUAUAAGCUUCACUUAGCUGCUGAAUAUUGCUGGUAUGCUCAACUAUCUGCUACUUUUUUUAACGUAGAUGACAGAGUUAUGUUCAAUGGUAUACAUCACUUUCUAAAAAUGGAAGCAUAUUAAGAAAGAUUUCCCAGUUUUCCUUUA